AUGUUGUCAUUAAAUGAGAAACUAGAAUUUACAUCAAUUAUAAAAUCACUACUUUUAAAACAUUCAUCACUAAAAUAUGAAAUAGAAGCACGUAUAGGUAAAAUCUACAAUAAGGAAACAGAAUCAAGAAUAAAGAUUAACUCUUUAACACCUGUUAUUUUUACUAAACUUCCACGUAAUCAUCUAUUUAUGCCAGGCGUAGACCAGUGGGAUUUUAAAACCUUAAAAAAUAAUCUAAAUUUUAAAGAACACAUAGAAGAUCUAUUUCAAUAUCUUAAAAAUGGUAACAGAGUAAGAUUUGUAAAUAAUGAAUAUAGAUUUUGUGAAAAAAAGCGUAAAAUAUUAGUAGUGGAUUUGUACCUACCACAGUACAAAUAUGAUAUACGUAUAAGUAUAAUGACUGAGGAGAAACAAAUGCAAAGACAGACACAGAGUUCUGUUGAUUUUGUGCGACACAGGAAAAGAGACACUUUUACUGAUAAAUGGUUCAAUUAUGAUUUUACAGUUGUAAGAACAAAUAAUGAAGUGACUUAUGAAGUAGAAAUAGAAGUAGAUGAUAUGAAUUAUAGAGUGGAAGAUUUUAUAGAUACAUUUUUUAAAAUUAAUAUUUUAAAAUAA